AUGAUCUUGAUCCCAUUUACCCUGAUUCCACUCUUCUUCGUACCCGAAACACUCCCAUCUCUCAAAGAAGAACCGUCCAAACCCAAUACUGGUCCAGAAGAACCACAACCCCGCAAUAUAACAUCCUACCUCAAACAAUCUCUUCACCUCUUCAAAGAAUCCCUCGCAUCUCUCCAGUCUCGCUCAAUAAGCAUCAUCAUAGCAACCUGUCUAAUUCUCAAACCCGAAUUCAUCGGCACAUCUCAGUUCUUCGGCCAAUACGUCAGUAAGCGCUUUAACUGGACUCUCGCAGAAACAGGCUACCUCCGUACUUUACGCGGGGUUACACAAAUGCUUGUUCUUCUAGUUAUUCUGCCUGCAUUAUCGAAAUUUCUUCUUCGAUGGCAAACACCAGCUGCUAGAGAUCUUACGCUUGCGAGAGGUUCUGUUAUUAUCGCUACGAUCGGAGUUCUUUGGAUGGCUGCGCCGAAGAUUGAGAUUACUAUUACGGGACUGGGAAUUCAGAGUCUUGGGGGUGGUUUGGGACCACUUUGUCGUUCAUUGGCGAAUAGCUUUGUAUCGCCUGGGGAAGUAUCCAAGCUGAAUACUUUAAUGGGGAUUGUGGAAACGUCGGGAUCAUUAUUUGCUGGCCCUGCGUUGGCUUGGUUGUUUGAAAUUGGGUUGAAGAAGGGUGGACUAUUUAUUGGACUGCCUUAUUUUGGGCUGGCAGCGGCAUUUUUGUUAUGUGUGUUGGGUUUGUUCUUUGUUCGUGCUCUUGCUGAGGAGGAUCAUGAUGGUGAUGAUGAUUGUCUUUCUAUAGAAUGUGUAGAUGAUGUGAGGCGUUGA